AUGUCUGACGGUCUCAACGAUGCCCGUGCCAUGCGCGUUGCCGAGAUCAUGACCGACUUCCGCAACCUACAACACUACCUCGUUCAGUUACGCGCCACACCCACUGCGGAAGAGUAUUACCUUGAAGGUUACUCCCUGCUCAGACAGUGCACCAGCGAGGCACAGACUAUCCUCCAGACACCUUUCUCUGGCAGUGCCAGCUCGGGUUCAGGGGACCCCGAGUCCGAGAAGCAGCAAUUGAGGGCUAUCAUCACAGACGCGGCUGUACGACGCUUUCAAUGCCAACGCGCUUACUUACGAGCUCACGCUGGCCUCCGGUGGAUGAACAGCCGCAACAGCAUCCUACGAGGCCAGAAGCCCAAUGCGAGCCAUUUGGGUGCGCUUCAGCAGGCUGAUGCUACGAUGAGGAAUGAACUACUCGCAAUCAGCGAUGCCUACGUAGAAAACACGCUGCGUGCUGCGGAUGCCGCACAAGGCAAGUGGUUGAACGAGGAUCCUUCGCUGGCGCAGAUUCAACAGAUACUCAUGUCCCGACGAUGA